AUGCCUUCGGAACAAGGUCACAGACUCUACGUCAAGGGUCGCCACCUGAGCUACCAGCGCUCCAAGCAUGCUGUCAACCCCAACACCAGUCUGAUCAAGAUUGACGGUGUUGACAACACCGAGUCCGCCAACUUCUACCUUGGCAAGAAGGUCGCUUUCGUCUACCGGGCCAAGCGUGAGGUUCGGGGCUCCAACAUCCGGGUCAUCUGGGGCAAGGUCACCCGUCCCCACGGCAACUCCGGUGUUGUCCGCGCUCAGUUCCGCCACAACCUCCCCGCCAAGUCGUUCGGUGCCACCGUCCGUGUUAUGCUGUACCCCUCCAACAUCUAA